GGAGCGUCCGGUGAGGCCGCUCCGCUCCCCCGGCACCCCCGGUACCCCCCCUCCUCCGCCCUGGUACCACCCCCCCACAGGCAUCACCGCCUCCCGCCCCGGGGCUCAGGGAGCGGGAGCCGCGCCGCCGAGCAGCGGGACCCCCGGGUCCGGGCACCGGGAGCGCCACGUCCGAGCACCGGCAGCCGUCCCGCCGCGCACGGUAAAGCGGGACAGCGGCAGCCGGGCAGCGGGCAGGCACGCUGCGGGCACCGGCACCCCUCCAGGCGGGACCUGAGCGUGUCCAGGCACCGGGAGCCGUCCAGGGAGCACCGGGCACGGAAAAUCCACCCACCGGGAACCGUCCGGGCGGGACCUGAGCGCGUCCAGGCACCGGGAACCGUCUAGGGAGCACCGGGAACCGUCUAGGGAGCACCGGGCACGGCACAUCCACUCACCGGGAACCGUCCAGGGAGCACCGGGCACAGCACAUCUGAUCACCGGGAACCGUCCAGGCAGGAUCUGAGCGUGUCCAGGCACCGGGAGCUGUCUAGGGAGCACAGGGCACGGCAAAUCGGAUCACUAGGAGCCGUCCAGGGAGCACCGGAUCCGGCAGAUCCGGUCACCAGGAGCCAUCCAGGGAGCACCGGGCACGGAAGGUCUGGUCACCGGGGGCCAUCCAGGGAGCACUGGGCACGGUAGAUCCUGUCACCGGGAGCCAUCCAGGUGGGACCUCAGCGUGUCCAGGCACUGGGAGCCAUCCAGGGAGCACUGGGCACAGCAGAUCCGGUCACUGGGAGCCAUCCAGGGAGCACCGGGUGCGGCAGAUCCGGUCACCAGGAGCCAUCCAGGGAACACCAGGCACAGCAGAACCGGACAGGAGGACCGUCCGUCCGGCUGGGCACCAGGCACGGUAAAUCCGGGCACAGCAGCUCGGGGCACCAUGGGCCCCCCCGGCGUGCUGCCUGCCCUGGCCUGGCUGCUGGUGGGACUGAGCGUGCCGGCACCAUGCCGGAGCCAGCUGCACGGUGAGAAGGGCAUCUCCAUCCCCGACCACGGCUUCUGCCAACCCAUCUCCAUCCCGCUCUGCACCGACAUCGCCUACAACCAGACCAUCAUGCCCAACCUGCUGGGUCACACCAACCAGGAGGAUGCAGGGUUGGAGGUCCACCAGUUCUACCCCUUGGUGAAGGUCCAGUGUUCGUUGGAGCUCAAGUUCUUCCUCUGCUCCAUGUACGCGCCGGUCUGCACAGUGCUGGAGCAGGCCAUCCCGCCGUGCCGCUCCAUCUGCGAGCGGGCGCGCCAGGGCUGCGAAGCCCUCAUGAAUAAAUUCGGUUUCCAAUGGCCGGAGCGAUUACGGUGCGAGAAUUUCCCCCGGCACGGCGCCGAGCAGAUCUGCGUGGGGCAGAACCAUUCGGAGGAUGGUGGUUCACCGGCGUUGCUCACCAGUGCCACGCCGUUAGCCGGCCAGGGCACCCCGGGCGCCCCUCGUUACGCCACCCUCGACCACCCCUUCCACUGCCCACGGGCACUGAAGGUGCCCAGCUACCUCAACUACAAGUUCUUGGGCGAGAAGGACUGUGCGGCGCCCUGCGAGCCCACCCGGCCCGAUGGCCACAUGUUCUUCAACGAGGAUGAGAUCCGUUUUGCCCGUAUCUGGAUCCUCAUCUGGUCCGUCUUAUGUUGCGCCUCCACAUUCUUCACCGUCACCACCUACCUGGUGGACAUGCAGCGUUUCCGCUACCCCGAGCGACCCAUCAUCUUCCUCUCGGGGUGCUACACCAUGGUGUCGGUGGCCUACAUUGCCGGCUUCGUGCUGGAGGAGAGGGUGGUCUGCAACGAACGUUUCCAGGAGGACGGCUACCGCACGGUGGUGCAGGGCACCAAGAAGGAAGGUUGCACCAUCCUCUUCAUGAUGCUCUACUUCUUCAGCAUGGCCAGCUCGAUCUGGUGGGUCAUCCUCUCCCUUACCUGGUUCCUGGCCGCCGGCAUGAAGUGGGGCCACGAGGCCAUCGAGGCCAACUCCCAGUAUUUCCACUUGGCCGCCUGGGCCGUGCCGGCCGUCAAGACCAUCACCAUCCUGGCCAUGGGGCAGAUCGACGGGGACCUGCUGAGCGGCGUCUGCUUCGUGGGCCUCAACAACAUCGACCCUCUCCGGGGCUUCGUGUUGGCCCCGCUCUUCGUCUACCUCUUCAUCGGUACCUCCUUCCUUCUGGCCGGCUUCGUCUCCCUCUUCCGCAUCCGCACCAUCAUGAAACACGGAGGGACCAAAACGGAGAAGUUGGAGCGCUUGAUGGUUCGUAUCGGGGUCUUCAGCGUCCUCUACACCGUCCCGGCCACCAUCGUCAUCGCUUGUUAUUUCUACGAGCAGGCUUUCCGCGAGCACUGGGAGCGCAGCUGGAUCAGCCAGAACUGCAAGAGCUUGGCCAUCCCCUGCCCGCUCCACUUCACCCCCCGCAUGACCCCCGAUUUCACCGUCUACAUGAUCAAGUAUCUCAUGACUCUCAUCGUGGGCAUCACCUCCGGCUUUUGGAUAUGGUCGGGGAAAACCCUGCACUCGUGGAGGAAGUUCUACACGCGACUCACCAACAGCAAGCAGGGCGAGACGACGGUGUGACCCCCCCCACACACAAGGCCGGCCGCUGCCCUCCUUUGGCUUGAAUUUUAUUUUUUUGUUGGGGUGGGGGGGUGUUAUUAUAUAUUUUUUAUUUUUAGAUUUAUUAACGUCUAAGGGGUGUCUCUCUUUCUCUUUGAUUUUUUUUUUUUUUUGUAAUUAAACCUGUAAAUAGCAUUUGUAAAUUUAAUUAUAUAUUUCUAUUUAAAACACGAAAAAAGAGGAAAAAAAAAAAGGAGAAAAGCGAGAGGAGAAAAAGGAGAAAAAAGGAGAAAAAGGAGAGAAAAAAGAGAAAAAGGAGAGGAGAAAAGGGAGAGAAAAAAAGAAAAAGGAGAGCAGAAAAAGGAGAGGAGAAAGUAAAAAGGAAAGGAAAAAGACAAAAAGGAGGGGAAGAAAAAGAGCAAAAGGAGAGGAGAAAAAAGGAGGGGAAAAGGGAGAAAAAAGGGAAAAAGGAGGGAAAAAAAGGAGAAAAAAAGACGGGGGAAAAAAAGGAGGGGAAAAAAGGAGGAAAAGGAAGAAAAAAAGGAGAAAAAGGGAAAAAUCCCUGCCGAGACGGGCCGAGGAUUCUCGCCCUCCCGCUCCCUGCCCGCCCCUGGAAAAAGGGUUGGGGGGGGGGGAGAAAAAAAAAACCAACAAUAAAAAUCCCAUUUUUCUCCCUCUCUUUUUGGAAACUGCCCAAGAAAGUUGAUUUUUUUUUUUGAUUUUUUUUUUUUUAAUUAAUCCCCCCUUCUCUCCCAAAAGCUGCUGUGACGGCGCUGUGUCGUCGUCGUGUCCGUGUCCCCCCCACCCCGGGUCCCUGCCGCCCCCCUCCCCGCUUCCCUGCGGACUUUUCCUCCCAAAUUACUUUUUAAACGCUCCUUUGGAAAUACAAACCGGUAAAACAAACCGCUAACUUAUUCCCGACGGCUUUUUGGGCACACCCCCACCUCCACACCCCCCCC